AUGCACAUCAAACAUCGCCUUACACCACCGUACACACCCCAGUGCAACCCACUAGAACGAGCAAAUAGAGUCCUCAAAACGAUGAUUGCACAGAACAUCAAGAAAUCACAAAAAACAUGGGACCUCUAUCUACCAGAGCUGCAAUUCGUGUUCAAUACGGCACCCAGCACGUCAACGGGAUUCACACCCGCAUACCUGAAUUGCGGUCGUGAAUUCCACGUACCAGAAAGUCUUGCGCACGAAACCGCGUUAGCAAGCAACCGGAAACACCAGCACCGCAUUGAAAGCAUUCAGGCAGCACUGGAACUAGCUCAAAACGUCAUAGCAAGUAACUUCCAAAAGCAACAGGGACACUAUAAUCUAAGACGUCGCAAAUGGGCACCCGAAAUCGGAGAAAAAGUACUUUAA